AUGACCAAGGCUCGUGGUGGCUCGGGAAACAGCAAUGGCGCCGCCCCCAAUUUCAUCGAUGGCGGCAUGCUUGCCAACGACGCCGAGUUCUUUCUCUAUGGCGGCGUCUAUCUGAGCAAUACCCAGCUCUACCCCGACCCCGAUGCGAAUGAGGUUCUUGGAUACCAGGAGUACGAGUAUGGACCAGACAAGCCCCUCUGGGACCAGGGCUUCGUUGACAAACAACUCGACAACGACGUGACUCGAUACGUCGCCUACGGAGCAGCCGUCAACGCGCCGUCCGAGAACAAGGCCUGGUACUUCUCUGGCUUGCGGUCUCCGGUUUUCGGGACCAUCCUCGACAACCCCCUCAACGACACCACCAAGGCCGUCAACGUCUCCGACACCAUGAUCAUGCUUGACAUGGCCGAACAGAUGAGCGAGACCUGGUCAAACAAGACACUCCCAAGUUUCAUUCAGGGCCGCUCCAAUGCCGAGGUCGUCUGGGUUCCCGUCGGCAACGAGGGUAUCCUCGUCGUGCUGGGUGGUGUUGUGUAUCCGGAAUGGGCCGGAAGAAGCGGCAAGUCGUCGAACCAGAACGCAAGUGAGGAAGAGAGUCCCAAGUUCAUGAGCACCAUUGACGUCUACGACGUCGCAGGCAACAAGUGGUACCAGCAGCCAACCCAGGACGGACCCAGCACUCGCGCUCGCGGGUGCGCCGUCGUUGCCUCCGCGUCCGAUUACUCGAGCUUCAACAUCUUCUACUAUGGUGGUUUCGACGGCAUCAGUCCGACGGAGGCCUUCAGCGACGAGGUUUGGGUUCUCUCGCUGCCGUCCUUCACCUGGAUAAAGAUCAAUGAGGGCAAAAGCCUCCACGGCCGCGCUGGCCACAAAUGCUUCAAGCCCUACGCCGACCAGAUGAUGGUGUUGGGCGGGUAUACCCCUCUAGCUGGAGUCUCCAUUUCCUGUCUUGACGGAGGCCCUGUGGUGCUCUUCAACAUCUCCAGCGGAGAGUGGAUGGAUUCGUAUGACCCAUCCAAGUACGCCGACUACAGCGUCCAUGAGAAGAUCCAGUCCCAGAUCGGAGGCAAUUCUGCAGGCAACGCAACGGCUACCGAGCCCUCAGGUGGAUGGGCUACAUCCGCGCUCGGCAAGGUCUUCCAGACGUCCUACAGCAAGGACAAGAUGACCACUUACUAUCCAUACGCAUCCGCGACCUCUACGGAACCACCAAGCAACUCCGAAACCCCAGGAGGCGACAGUAACAAUAGCGGUGGCGGCGGGUCCGGCCUUCCGAAGUGGGUGGCACCAGUGCUUGGUGUCGUCCUCGGCCUCAUGCUCGUGACAGGCGCCAUCGUCAUCUUCUGCCUCUACCGCCGAAGAAAGAUCUUCCGCAACCGGUCCAGUGACGCCGGGACCGAAGAUGCCGGCAUGCGCAUCAUCUCCUGGAUGCGAGGCCAGCCUACGGAAAAGGCCCCGACUGUUACCACCUCGGAGGAUACGCCAAGGAGCCCAGACAUGGAAGAGGCGAGGGUCGCUGGUACAACGCCUUCAUACUCUGUGGUGACUCCUCCUCCUGCCCCUGUCGAAAUGGCAGAUACCCAGGUUGCUGAGUUGGCUGAUACGUCGCCCCUCGUUGAGCUCCACGACACCGGUCUCUCCCCGGUAGAUAUCAUCCAGAAACACACCCACUUCGCCAAACCCCAAUCCACCUCCCUGUCAGAUCCCUCCUACAGUUCCUUCUCCGCAAGUCAAGACCACGCCAGCACCGUCUCCCGCUCCUCUGCAGCGGCGAACAGCGCCAACGUUCCCGGCAGCGGAGACGAUGUCUCUGCGCGGGUCACCUCAGACCUCUCUGGUAUCUCAGAGACGGAUGCCGCGAACCUUCGGCGUAUAUCCGGCGGCCCCGUCAGCCCGAGGAGCGAUGUUGAUGAAAAUCCGAUCGAGGAGGAGAAGGCUGCGGGGGACAUCUCCCCAUCUCCCCUUGCGUCCCCGACCCCUGUGUCACCGCCGAGUGCCGGGGAGAACUCGGGGCAGGACUACCUAACCGCGAGGCCUGCAGUGAGCCCACUGCGCAAGAGUGUGUUUCUAGAGAGUGAGGAGGAUAUGGGUAAGAAAUGA